GGUCUUUAUCAAUAGGCAGCUAAGGCAUUGUGAAGAAAAGGCCUCUUAGCCACCAGUAGAUUGACGCUGACAGAGUCCUCCGAAGCGUUGCCCGUCUGCAAAUCCCUAGGGGAUCACUUACGGAACGCGCUGUGACAUCACUGGACGAGCCCCCUGUAGGACCCUGGACUGACCGCUGAGCCUCCACUGUCCGGCGAGCUUCUCCAUUGCCGUGCUGACAAUUGGCCACAGUUAGCGGGCUCCUUCAGGUGGGGUCUGCGCAAUUUUGACCGCGCGGGCCGACCAGUUCAACGUCGCGAUAUUUUCUCUCGGCCGCGACCAUCUUCGUCUCUGAUUCCUUCUGCCGUCGUUGCUUCGAACGCUUCAUCAGAGCCAAACUAUCCUGCGUCCUCCGUCAAUCAUCCUACGUUCGAUCAUCAAACGAGCGCACUCGCGCAACCUCCAACCAAACGACACACCUACGGAAACCACCCCACCACCGCCAAGAUGUCCGCCGUCAUCAACCUCCUCAACACAAUCUGGACGCGCUUCAGCACCAACCUGCGCGGCACCCUCGAGGGCAUGUCCGCAGAGAAAUGGAUCCGCCUCGUCAUCAUUGUCGGCGCCUACUGCCUGCUCCGCCCUUACCUGAUGAAGCUGGCCGGCAGCUCGCAGAUGAAGCAGCACGAGACCAAACCCGAGGACGAGUUCGACGGGCCCAAGGCAAAAGUGCAACCCAACACGCUGCGCGGGCAGGUGGAUAUCCCCGAGGACAGCGACGAUGAAGGCACGAGCCAGGCCACGGGCGCGACGACGUCGACCGACUGGGGAAAGAAGGCGCGCAAGAGGCAGCGCGACGUGCUCAAGAAGAUGAUUGACGCCGAGGAGAAGAGGCUUGCUGAGCUGCAGGAGGACGACGAGGACAAGGACAUUGAGGAGUUCUUGGUGAAGGAGUAG